CCAGGAGCACAGAGCGACAUGGGGACCAUGCAGCUGCUCCUGUUCACUGUGGGGCUGGGCCUGCUCUCUGUGAUGCAAGCCGAGAGCCCCCCUCUGACUCCUGCCCUUGCUAAGGAGCUUUUAGGACACUGGUUUAUAAUAGGCUGGGCAGGAAACAUGCCUAUUCCUGCAAAGAAGAAGGCCAGCCCGCUGCCGCCCUUCCUGUUCGCCAGGAACAAUUUGAAUAAGCUAGAAUUCAGGAUGAACAUCAAGAAGCCCAUUGGAUGCGUUCAGUUCAAGCUUCCCCUGGACGAAGUUAACGGAAAACCCGGAAACUACCAGGCCUGGUCAGGACAUUUGGUGCUCAUCAGUUUCCUGCCAAAGGGGAAGGACCAUGCCAUCGCUUACUAUGAGGGCAAGGUGGUCCAGACCAAAUACAAGAUGUCAAUGCUGAUGGGCCGCUCCCUGGAUGAAGACCCAGAGGCUAAGCAGGUCUUCGAGGAGCUUAUGGACGAGAAAGAGCUGAACGGAACAGUCGUCUACCCACCCGCUGCUGACAGCUGUGUGUUGGCGAAAGAGUCCUAGGGCCGCACAAACGGCCGGGAACGAGGAGCUGGGAUCACGCUGCCCUCUGCGGACUGCAGGUCAAACUCCCCUGAGCUGGAGGAACUUCUCAAUAAAACCUCUACUUCUGCUCACAAUAAAGCAUAUAAUGUCCCCUGGC